UUCGGCCAUCUACCCAGAGAGAUCAGACAGAUGAUCUACGAAUACACCUUUGAACCAUCCGAGCCAGUCUUCACCAACGCCAUUGCAUCGCAGACAGCGUAUACCGCAGAAAAAUAUCCACUUUUCUAUCUGGAUAAGAAGAUCUUGGAGGAUAUGCAGCCUCACUUGUAUCAGGAGCACACCAUGGUGAUUCCUAUCCAGGAGCCGUGCGAUUAUGUGAAACACGAGUUGCCAUUUGCUCCUCGAGUUGCCGCAUGUUCAAAAAGGAUGAGACAAUCCACCGGGACACUCAUAAUCGAAGCUUCUCAAUCAACAACUUCCCAUUACGUCAAAGAGUUCUUUAAAGAGUAUGGGGACUUGAAAGAUUUAUAUGCGUUUUGGUAUAAGCACGACAGAGGGAAGAGAUUGGCCAAGAAGGUCGUCAAUGAAAUUCUCUCCCUCAAGAAAAAACUCCCGAAUAUCAACAAAGUCAAGUUUGUUUUCUGGUUUGGCUGCUGGAUCGUCGACAACAGUCACUGGAAAAGGUCACUCAGGAAACUCCAGAAAGAAUGGCCCGGGCUAUUCAUCGAGGUGGAAUUC